UGGAGGCCGUAGAUAGCUGUGGUUUGGCGUCCUUGGAAGUUGGAAGUUGGCAGGGGGGUCGCCGCAGCGAUGAUAGUUCUCAGCUUCCCCGCAGUUUGCUAGUAUCGUAAACUUACAUUAACUUAGUCGCAGUUGAUGAGUUCAUUGCUCGGGAUUACUUGUGACAAGGCUACUGGUCCUGCACAGUAAUAUAAACACAGGAGUCCUUGGCUUGGUUACAUGCUGGCAGGCUGGCAGGGAGAUAGAUGACUUCAGACGUGGAGCUCCAAUGUUCAGAUCCAGACCUAUCGUAAUUAUGGAAUGGUGCAGGUAACACGCAGCUGCGAAUGGCAAGGGGAAUACCGCGGUGCCAGUUUAACCCAUAGUAACUCCGUACCAGUAACUAACGUAUUAAUCGUUUUAAUACCUGUAAUAUUCGGUCAAUAUCAGAUCGAGGACCAGAUUUAUAGGCAGGUCACAUGGCUUCAGGAGAUAUCAAUUCAUCGCCACUGCAUGGCACAUACAUACUUAUAUAUACAGAUAUCGAGAACAGAACUAGAGAUGAAAGUCACAAAUCCGAGACCGGGAUUCCAUCGAAUCUCCGGGUGCCAUCCUAUAGCCGCUUUGCUCGUCGACAGUACGUCCACGGUUGGUAACAUGUGUGUUGUUACUAAGGAAGACAAGAAGACAACAAGAACCAUUUGUGCAAUAUAUGAGACAGGUGGGGGGGUCGAUCAGAGGUCUGAUAUGGCCGGAAUCACUGCAGACGAGAUAUCGUCAUGCUCCAAUCGUAUCUGCUCGGGAUCGCCAUCGGCCACCAAGCCGUCCAUGGAUGUCGCCAGCCAUCCAUUCCGCGUAGACAGAGGGCUAGAGAUUCAACAUUAGCGAUGGUUUUCAAAACUUCUUCUGCGUCUUGUUCACUCGCCGGACGAGGGAGAAUAAGAUGAUGACAAGUAUACAGGAUUGCAACAAGCCGGCGUACAGACUCAUUACUCGCAUCCCAGCCUCGGCCGUCCCCAGUCUUGUGCGACGGUCAACCUCGCGUGCCAUGGUGCAGAUUCGAAUGCAUUCCGUGUCAA